AUGACUUCAUAUAAGAUAAUCCGAUGCGAGUCCACACACGCGAUGGCCAUCGAUGGCACUCACAUAACCUCCGCCACCGAUGGCCACACAUGUCAUGACCACCACUACCGGCGCGACUCCUUUGAUGACCGCAUUUGCGACGACUUAUGCGAAGACUUAUUGUCUUAUUUGCCGAUUGAGGACAAGAUUCGUAUGCAAUGUGUGUCCAAACGGUUCCGACGACUCCUUCACCGACGACAAUACGAUCUGAUAGUAAGCCGACAAACACUGGGACACAGAUAUCGUCGAGUAUUUGACGUCAAGACAUUCGAGUCGCUGCUCAAGAGGUUUCCGUUAAUCACAUUCAUUAGUGUGGAUCUGAUUGGCCAUCAAUCCGGUGACCAAUUGAUUGGAUUGAUUAUCAAAUACUGUAAGCAUUUGAAGGCAAUUCACAUGAACUUCUUUGACAAACAACACGUCGACAACAGAACUGAAUACAGACUUCUCGUCAAAGAGGAGACGCUGAAGAGGUUUUUCGAGCGAUUCAGUCGACAGUUGCGGCGGAUUGUGGUCUUCGAGAACUUCGUCCAUAUCCUCAACGUUUGCCACAACUUAUAUGAACUCAAUCUCACGAACAGUUACUACAGUUUUGUUUGUCUCCGAUCCGCGUUCACUGAAGACACCAUCGAUGCCAUGCGAUGUGUCCGUAGAUUGAAGUUUAACUACAACUCGACCACAGAUUACCCGCUGUUUGCGCUGUUUGUUGAUAAUAACCGCAACAGUUUGGUGUCCAUUGAGUGCAAUGAGACCAUUGACAGCGAGGAUAAUACAAGACUUUUGUGUCAAAUCUCACGUUUAAUCUACCACUCGUUGCGAAUGAUUGCCAAAAAUUGUCGCCAUUUGUCUCAAUUGGAGAUCAGUUUCUACUCGAGUGACAGAUAUCUGCCAUUUAUGGUGCAGAACGACGUCCUAAACGCCAUCAAACACUUCAGACGUCUACAGAAGUUUGCGUUUCAUUUCAUAGAGUGCUGUGAAUCAGACUUUUUGAACGUAUGCCUCAAUAAGUGUGGAAAUGUGACUGAUUUGAGUCUCUACUCAAUCAAUGAGAUCAAUGACAAGUUCUUUGUGGACAUUGACACACAUUUGCCAAACUUAAGACAUUUGAAAGUCAUAAACGCCGACAUCUCUGACGCGGCACUCAAUUGGUUAUCAAAACUCUCAAAACUAGAAACCAUUAGUUUGUUUAAUCUGUCGGAUGGGUCCACAAUCAGUGAGUCCAGUGUCUGGAGCAUUGUGGACAACUGUCCCAAAAUCAGUUCAAUUAAACUGUUUUUCUCAUCACUGCCUGUCGGGCCAUCCAAUCAUCAAAUCGAUGCCAGAAUUCAAUCAAUUAAGUGGAAAUUAAUGCCAUCGACCUGUUAUACAGUAUACCUGUGCAGUCAGAGUACCGGAGCACUGAUUCACUCGAGUUUAACGCAUAUUAGUUAUGCUCUCCUUAUAACCCCUACUUCCACUCCAUUCCAUCAAAAUUAUCUCCGAGUGUCUAAUAAGUGGAAGUUAAGGGCCUCGGGAAGCCAUUAG